UAUCUUUUGCAACUGAUUUUAUACUUAAAAUAUGAUGCUUAGUUGGUGAUAAAAUAUUAACACUAUACAUUUGAGUUAAAAAGAAUAAUCAAACAGAAAAAUGUGUCAAAAAAUGGAAGCACAACAAUUUCGGGGGGUGAGUGGAGAUCCCCUAAUGCUCAUGCACCAACAUUCAUUUCAUUCUCUCUCUCUCUGUAUGUGUUUGUGUGUGUGUCUGCUCAACAGAAAAAGUAAAACACCUUGAUCUGUAGUAGUGAGUUGGGACAAGAUGAGGAAAGAAAAGGAGAGUGAGGUGGAAGCCGCUGAGGGCGGCGGGGAUGAUCAGGCUGCCAUGGAGAGGGCUUUCGAGGAGAUGGCGGUGCCGCCGUGGCAGAACCAGAUCACCUUCAGAGCGAUGAUCACCAGUCUCCUUUUGAGCAUUGUGUUCAAUGUCAUAGUCUGCAAGCUCAAUCUCUCCACCGGUGUUAUUCCGUCCUUGAACGUCGCGGCGGGGCUUCUGGGUUUCGCCGCCGUCAAGGCGUGGACCGUUAUGAUCCAAAAGUGUGGGCUUCUCAAGCAGCCCUUCACCAGGCAGGAGAAUACUGUCAUACAGACUUGCGUUGUCGCCUCUUCCGGCAUUGCUUUUAGCAGUGGGACAGCAAGUUAUCUAUUGGGGAUGAGUCCAAUAACAGCAUCUCAAUCUGAAACAGGAAAUACUCCAAUCAACGUGAAGCAACUCUCUCUUGGAUGGAUGAUUGGUUUCGUUUUUGUUGUGAGCUUUGUCGGCCUAUUCUCAAUCGUGCCGCUAAGAAGGAUGAUGAUCUUGAAGUACAAAUUGACAUAUCCAAGUGGGACUGCCACAGCCUACCUUAUCAACAGCUUCCACACUCCCAAAGGAGCCAAGCUAGCCAAGAAACAAGUGUGGGUUCUUUUCAAAUCCUUUGUUGGUAGCUUUUUGUGGGCUUUCUUCCAGUGGUUCUUCGCGGCUGCUGACGGCUGUGGUUUUAGCAGCUUCCCCACAUUCGGUCUCCAAGCCUACAACCGCAGAUUCUAUUUUGAUUUCUCUUCUACGUACGUGGGUGUAGGGAUGAUAUGUCCUUACAUGGUUAACAUAUCAUUGUUGAUCGGAGCCAUCCUUUCUUGGGGCAUUAUGUGGCCUGUGAUCGAGUCCAAGAAAGGCCAUUGGUACAGUGCAGACAUACCGGGAAGCAGCCUUCAUGGCAUCCAAGGAUACAGGGUUUUUCUUGCUAUUGCAAUGAUUUUAGGCGACGGCCUGUUCCAAGUGGUGUACAUGGCUAUUCUGACGCUGAAGAGCUUCUUAGAGCAGCUGGUGCGGAGGAGCAACGGUGUGAAUGAGAGAGAAGAAGGGGCCUUGGUAGAAGACUACAACGAGAGGAGACGAACCGACUACUUCUUGAAGGACCAAAUCCCCAACACGGUAGCCGUAGGCGGCUACCUCGUGCUGGCUCUCAUCUCAACUUUUGUGGUGCCGCAUAUCUUCCCUCAGCUGGAAUGGUACCAAGUCCUAGUAGCCUACAUCAUAGCUCCGGUCCUCGCCUUCUGCAACGCCUACGGCUGCGGCCUCACGGACUGGUCCCUGGCCUCCAACUACGGCAAGCUAGCAAUCCUGGUGUUCAGCUCGUGGGUGGGGCUAGAGAAGGGCGGAGUUGUUGCAGGGCUGGCCUCAUGCGGCGUGAUGAUGAGCAUCGUGUCGACGGCCUCCGACCUGAUGCAGGAUUUCAAGACAGGGUACCUGACUCUGUCCUCCCCUCGCUCCAUGUUCAUCAGCCAAGUGCUGGGCACGGCUAUGGGGUGCAUUCUGUCUCCUCUGGUCUUCUGGUUCUUCUACAAGGCCUACAACGUAGGGGACCCGGAGGGCACGUACCCGGCCCCCUACGCCUUGAUGUACCGCGGCAUUGCGCUCUUGGGAGUGGAGGGCUUCUCCUCGCUCCCCAAGAACUGCUUGAAGAUGGCCAUCGUGUGCUUCGUGGCCGCGGUGCUCAUCAAUGUGCUCAUCGCGAUGCUCAGGAAGUGGGAGACCAAGUAUAGGAUCUAUAGGCUUAUCCCGAGCCCUAUGUGCAUGGCCAUUCCUUUCUAUCUUGGAGGCUACUUCGCCAUUGACAUGUGUGUUGGGAGCUUGAUUUUGUUCGUCUGGCAGAUGAACAACAGGAAGCACGCGUCCGAGCUCUCGCCCGCCGUCGCGUCCGGGCUCAUCUGCGGUGACUCUCUCUGGGGGAUUCCGGCCGCGAUAUUGGCUCUGGCCGGAGUGAGUCCGCCCAUCUGCAUGAAGUUUUUGGGCGCCGAAGCUAACAAGCGUGUUGAUUAUAUAUUAGGCGGCUGAUUUAAUAUGAUAUCAUAAUAUUCAGGUCUAAUUCAUUUCGGAUGUGUAUAUAAUAUAGAUAGGAAUUAGUCGCCUAAAAGAUAUAUAGAUAGGACUUUAGAGCACUCCCAGCAGAAAUCCUAAAAUUAUGCUCCUAUAUUCCUCCC